CGGAUUCCGUUCGAAUUGCAGCCUGCAGAGCGAUGGACGAUGGAUCGUUGACGAAGGUUCUGAACAAUGCCCGAAGCGUGAACUCCCAGCUGAUGAAGGCGAACCUCGGCUUACUCAUGUCAAUCCGAGAGACGGACUGCGACAUUCAGCGGGCCAAGGAACAGCUUCAGAAAUACCACACACAACUCGAGGGUCGGGGUCUUGGCAUUGGGUCCGCAUGCAGCGUCCAGCCAAACAAUACGAGCGAAUCUGGGGCGAAACCGAUAGCAAGCAACCCUGGCGGAGGUAACGAGGCCUCCGUCAACGCUGAAGACGACGAUGAUGACGAUCAGAACACCGAUUCCAGCUCCGAUUCGUCCGGGAAUGAAUAACUUUGUAUUUUGUGAUGGUG